CUGACAUUUACGUUAGCCUUAUGAAUAUUAAAGUGUUUUUUUUUUUAAGUCUUCUUUAAGUAUUUUUUUAUAUCUGUUUUUAUUGGUGACUCGAAGUGGUCUCCGUCAGCGUGAAUAAGCUGUUUCUCAGUUUAUUUAACACAGUCCUUGAAUCGACAACUUUUCGGAAAGCUACCGAUAAUCAUUUAUGAAGUGUAAUAGACGGUGUUUUUUUUUCCUUCCAUUUGUUUCAUUCUUUCUUUAUAUCGUUAUUCUCAACAAGUGUACAAAUAGUCACAAGUAAAAACGAGGUUAUAAAUUUGACAUAUCAAAUGCGAAUGCUAUAAAUUGCUUUAAAGAAACUUGUCAAUAUGGAUACAAAUUCAUUUAUUCUGAGUACUUUAGAAAAUGGAAUUCUAAAAGUAGUGCUUAAUAAACCUGCCAAAAAGAAUGCACUUUCGCCUCAGAUGUAUAAAAAAUUAACGACACUUUUAAAUGAAUCUGCUAAAAACAAUAAUGUAUUGAUAUUUGCAUUAACCGCAAAUGGAGAUUUCUUUAGCAGUGGUAAUGAUAUAAUUGCCUCAAUGGAGUCUACUCUAACUUCUGCCGAAAAAACAAUUAAAGAAUUAAUUGAUACUAUAAUCUUAUAUCCAAAGCUUUUAAUAGCUGUUGUAAAUGGACCAGCAAUAGGAAUAGCAACUACAAUAUUAGGAAUUUUUGACAUAGUUUAUGCCUCAGAUAAGGCAUAUUUUCACACGCCGUUUAGCUCUUUGGGUCUUGUUGCUGAAGGAUGUUCUUCGUAUACGUUCCCAAGAUUAUUAGGACAUUCCAAAGCUGGAGAUAUGUUAUAUUUGGGAUACAAGAUGAACGCUCAAGAAGCCAAGCAACAUGGUUUGGUUAGCAAUGUGUACAAUCACGAUUCUCUUGAAGAAGUAUGGAAUUAUUUGAACAAGAUAGCUACCCUUUCUUCACAGUCAAUAUUAGCAACUAAACGAUUGAUGAGUAGGUGGAAUAAAGAGACUUUAUUAAAGGUUAAUGAGGAAGAAAUGAAAGAGUUAAGAAAAUUAUUCGAGUCUCCUGAGCUACACAAAAGGAUGAUGGUUUUUUUGUCACGAAAAAAUAAGCUUUAAAUUUAUUGAAAUGAUUUACAUCUUUUAAUAAACUACAAAUACUGAAUUUUAUGUCUCAAAAUGUAUUCACAAUGUACUAUUUGUAUAAAAUACAUAAUAUUAUAACAAAAAUAAAAUAUAUAAAUUUAUAAUUUGUACAUAAUUUAUAUCAUUUUUUGUCAUUUAAUUAAAUUUUUUGUAUUGUAGAAUUUUUAAAUAUAAAUGUUAUAUUAUCACUUUCUAUUAACAUAUCCUGUAAAACAAAUAUAUGUGUAAAAUAAACCAAAUGAUAAAUUUUUAAUC